AUGCUUCCCCAAGGCUCGUUCUUGCUCGUUGCUUCGCUGUUGGCGGCUUUGCCUGUCAACGCCGAUGGCAUCUACACGAAAAAGUCCCCGGUGCUUCAGGUCACUGGGAAAAAUUACAACUCGCUGAUUGCUAACUCGAACUACACUUCGCCCCUGCUUACACUUAGAUUUUACGCGCCUUGGUGUGGCCACUGCCAAAACCUUAAGCCCGCAUACGAAAAAGCCGCCCAGAACUUGAAUGGUCUCGCGAAAGUGGCCGCGAUCAACUGCGAUGAAGACGAGAACAAGCCUUUCUGCGGCCAGAUGGGCGUGCAGGGCUUCCCGACCUUGAAGAUCGUGACACCCUCAAAGAAAGCCGGAAAGCCGCGCGUGGAGGACUACCAGGGCGCACGCACCGCAAAGGCCAUUGUCGACGCGGUUGUUGAACGCAUCCCCAACCAUGUGAAGCGCGUAACGGAUAAGGACUUGGACAACUGGCUGAACCAGAACGAGGAACGGCCUAAGGUCAUUCUCUUCACGGAGAAAGGCACGACCAGUGCGCUGAUCCGCGCUGUGGCGGUCGACUUCCUCGGUGCAGCCGAUGUUGCUCAGAUGCGCAAAAAAGAGUCCGCCUCCGUCGCGAAGUUCGGUGUCGCUCAGUUCCCGGCUCUCGUCGUGGUCCCCACUGGCGACGCGGAGCCCCAGCUGUAUGAAGGCGAGCUGAAGAAGCAGCCCAUUAUCGAAUUCUUGAGUGAAUUCGCGACACCGAACCCUGACGCCAGUGGAAAGGCGGCAUCGUCUACAAGCUCCAAGGCCAAUACCAACACCAAGUCCAAGGCUGCCAAAUCCCCCUCCAAGCCUUCAUCUACUCCAGAUGACGAGUCGGCUGCCGAAUCCCAUGAAGAACCUGAAGUCAAGCCAGCUCCUGUUCCCAUUCCAGUGCCUCCACUCCCUACCCUCGCAACCUCCGAGUCCCUGGAGUCUUCUUGCCUGGCACCGAAGUCAGGGACCUGUGUACUCGCCCUUCUACCAGAGCAGGGUGAUGCACUCUCCGCAUCCGCCACCGAUGCACUCUCCAGCUUGGCAGAAAUUGCCCACAAGCACGCGCAGCGCGGCACACACCUUUUCCCAAUCUAUGCCGUCCCAGAGACCAACUCUGGCUCCCAAUAUCUCCGUACUGCAUUGGGUUUGGAGGAUAAGCAGAAGGUGGAGGUAAUUGCUCUAAAUGCUCGCCGUGGAUGGUGGCGUCACUACGUGGCCGAAGGCGAUUUCUCUGCCAUCGCCAUUGAGCGUUGGGUGGAUGCUAUCCGUCUCGGCGAGGGCGAGAAGGAGAAGCUGCCCGGCGGCCUUAUUGGCGAGGCUGAGAAGGCGAAGGAAGCAGAACACGAUGAACUGUAA